AAUAAAUCUUCUAAAUGGAUCAUCUGCUAGAAAAAUCACAUCAAAUGGUGAUUUUCCUGGUAGAUGGCCAAAAUGCAAACUUUCUAAGUGUAGUGGGCCACCUUAUGAUGUAACAUCUGCCGUUAUUGUGUAUUUAUGA